AUGGCCGACGGUACUAGCCAAAUUGACCUAUGGUGCCAGGAUAGAUGGCUGAACAAUGCGUUUCACGACGAUGUCCACUCCUACCAUGACGACCCAAUCACCUUUUGGGAUGAUCGAGUUUGGGAAAACUGUGGGCAAAUCACUGUUUAUUUUCCUCAAGGUGUAGGAUAUUGUCAAGAGGACCCAAGUGGUUACAAAGUGUCGACACCACGAUUGCAACCAGAAAACUACAGAUUUGGGCUUGUAGUCAUAUGCGAAGCAGCAAUUAGACAACAUAUAGUAGAUAAUUUAGGGUUACUCCAAGGAGAAAGCGUCGGGAAAAUAAGAUUCCAUCCGCUUCCUACUGGAGUUGCCUUGGAUACGAUAGUUAACUAA